GACGCCCCCUCGACCACUGAGCUUUAGUACAAAACAAAUCAGUGUGUGAUUCUGUCUGUCAGGUAUGGAGGGAGGACCUGGGUAUGGAGGGAUGAGCAGACUAGGAGGGUUCGGUGGCAUGGACAGUAUGGGGGGAUUCGGAGCCAGAGACAUGGGACGGAUGGGAGACAUGUCCUACCGGUCAGGGGGUAUGGGAGGAGGGAUGGACAGAGACUUUGGUCGCAGUGACAUGUCCAUGAGCAGAGGCUUCGGAGACUCCUUUGGAGGAAUGGGAGGAGGUUAUGGAGGAGACAUGAGCAGUUUUGGCAUGGGGCCCAUUGGGGGAGGAUUAGGUGGUUUGGGCAACCGGUCCAUGGAGCGGAUGGGCUCUGGCUAUGACCGUAUGGGGGGGGGCAUGGCCAUGAGCCAAGGUUUCGGGGGCUACGGAGGAGGAGCCAUGUCUGACAGAGCCAAGGGUGGAUGUCAGAUCUUUGUCAGAAAUCUGUCCUAUGACCUGACCUGGCAGAAACUAAAGGAGAAGUUCAGUGUCUGUGGCCAGGUGAUGUUUGCAGAGAUUAAGAUGGAGGGAGGAAAGUCUAAGGGCUGUGGUACGGUCAGGUUUGACUCCCCAGAGAGCGCUAACCAGGCCUGCAGGAUGAUGAACGGAACCAAGAUCAGCGGUCGCGAGGUUGACGUCCGCAUCGACCGCAACGCCUAGAGUCACACACACACGGUCACGACAACUGCUCCUUCCAUCUCCAACUGCUUUUGUUUUGUUUUAAAAACACAUUUUCCACGUAUCCGCGUUUCCAUGACUUUUGGAUGUGUAUAAGGUCUGUUUCUCUUUUAAUCUUCCGUAGUUUUUUUUUUUUCCUAAGACAUUUUUUGGGGGGGUCAUACGUUUAUUUGAAUGAAUAAACAUUUUAAUUUUU